AUGGUCUCUGCUAUUUCUUUAAAUGAUACAGACUGGAAAAAGAAUCAAUAUUUUUCAGUAUACACUAAACCUUUAGAGAAAUCAGACAGUGACAGUAGAGAGUAUCGUCUGAUCCAACUUGCUAAUCAACUUCAAGUCUUGUUGAUCCAAGAUCCAGAAACAGAUCGUGCAAGUGCUGCGCUCGAUGUUCAUGUUGGAAGCCAUAGUGAUCCUGAACAACUUCAAGGCUUGGCUCAUUUUUGUGAACAUUUGUUGUUUAUGGGAACUAAAAAGUAUCCUAAAGAAAACGAUUACUAUAGUUACUUGUCAGAACAUUCAGGCCAUGCAAAUGCAUAUACAGGAACAGAAAACACAAACUAUUUUUUCGAAGUGGGUCACCAAUGGCUAGAAGGUGCAUUGGAUCGCUUCUCGCAUUUCUUUAUCGACCCUUUAUUCUCCAAGAGUUGCACAGAGCGAGAGAUUCGAGCAGUGGAUUCAGAACAUAAAAAGAACCUACAGUCAGAUUGUUGGCGAAUCGCUCAAGUAGAGAAAAGUCUGAGUAGUCCUCAUCACCCAUGGCAUUUAUUUCAAAUAGGCAAUUUGGAAACAUUAAUGGACACUCCAAAGAAGCUUGGAUUAGAUAUUCGACAAGAAUUGCUUAAAUUUCAUGAAACUUACUACUCGGCCAAUAUCAUGAAAUUGGUUGUCAUUGGAAGAGAAUCUUUGGAUCAAUUGACCGAAUGGGUGGUUGAUAAAUUCUCUAGUGUGGCAAAUAAGGAUAUUGCUGUCCCUUCAUUUCCUGGUCAUCCAUUGACUAAAAAUGAACUCAUGAAACAGAUUUUUGUUAAGCCUGUCAAGAAGACUCGUACUUUAGACAUCACUUUUCCUUUUCCAGACCAAAAGCCUUACUGUGAAAGCCAGCCUGCGCAUUAUAUCUCACAUUUGACAGGCCAUGAAGGCCCUGGAUCUGUUCUUUCCUUUCUUAAAAAAAAGAAUUGGGCUACUUAUCUAAAUUCUGGCAUGUGUCUUGAUGGCAUUGGAUACGGAUUCUUUCAUGUCAGUGUAGAUUUAACAGAACAAGGCCUAGCUCAUUAUGAAGAUGUUGUGAUGGCUAUUUUCGAGUACUUUGAGCUUAUCAAAGAAGCAGGUGUCAAAAAGUGGAUUUUUGACGAAAUCAAAUCAUUAGCAGAGAUUGAAUUCAGGUUUUCAGAGAAAUGUUCACCUUCGCAAUACACCUCGUUUUUGUCUGCUCAGAUGCAAGAAGGUCUGCCACCUCAAUGGACCAUCAGUGGCUCUGCAUUGUUACGAAAAUACGAUCCUGUUAUUAUUGAACAACACAUGUCUUUACUUCGACCUGAUAAUUUUAGAUUGACAUUAGCUUCUCAAGAGUUUCCAGAAGGUGUACAAUGCACUCGGGUUGAAAAAUGGUAUUCAACAGAAUAUGAAGCAUUGCCAUUAAGCGAGCAAUUGAUGGCUAAAUUGAAAUAUGUCUCCAAGAAUCCAGAAUUUACAUUACCUGCUAUCAAUGAAUUUAUUCCUUCAAAACUUGAUAUAGACCGUGUCGUAGUUGAGAAUAGAAAGACACAGCCUGAAUUGAUUCAAGAUACACCUAUGAAUAGAAUUUGGUACAAAAAAGAUGAUACAUUUUGGAUACCCAAGACAAAUGUAUGGAUCUUGUUUAAGAACCCAUUGACUUAUGCUUCUCCUUAUUAUUCAGUCUUGACGGAUUUGUAUAUUAGUCUAUUGAUGGAUUCAUUAUCAGAAUACUCUUAUAAUGCCGAGGUAGCAGGCUUAUCCUAUUACCUUAGUCAAGAUACAAAAGGGAUUUCACUUUAUAUAGGUGGAUACAGUGAUAAGCUGCCUUUGCUGUUGGAAAAAGUGAUUGAUAAAAUGAAGCAUAUGCGUAUUGAGCCCCAUCGUUUCAGUAUAUUCAAAGACGAAAUCACCCGUGCCUAUGAAAACUUUUCUUUAGAAGCACCUUUUCAACACUCUAUUUACUACAUGGGCUCUCUUUUUCAUCAAAACAUUUGGACUUACAACGAACAUUUGUCUGAAAUCAAGCAUAUCAGCGUACAAGACGUACAGGCAUUCAUUCCUUCCAUCUUGGGCAGUCUCCAUAUUGAAGGUUUAGUCCAUGGAUCAUUAGAAAAAGAACAAGCGAUUCGAAUGUUUGCUUCCAUUCAAACCAUGUUGCAACCUCGUCCUUUGACACCGAACCAAUUUUUGGGUGAGCGUGCCACUGUUGUACCUCAAGGCCAUCAAUACGUAUAUUCUUUAAACGUCACUGACCUUGAAGAAGUCAAUUCGGCUAUCAGUCAUUAUUCACAAAUCUGUAGUGUCAAAAAUAUUCCCUUACGAAACAGGCUGAAUUUGGUUGCUCAAAUAGCUCAGGAACCUUGUUUCAAUCAGCUUCGUACGCGCGAACAAUUAGGCUAUAUGGUCUUUAGUGGUAGCAAGCGUUACUUGGAUAUGUUGGCUUUCCGUGUGCUGAUCCAAAGCGAACGGGAUCCUGUCUAUCUUGAGAACCGCGUCUUGGAAUUUUUAGAAUCACUAAGGACAAUCAUUGCUGAUAUGAAUGAAGCAGACUAUCAAUCUCAAGUAGACUCAUUAAUAGCAGAACGACAAGAAAAGUUUCAAAACCUGUAUGAAGAAGGACAAAAGUACUGGAUUGAAAUCGAAUCAGGCUAUUAUGAAUUUGAUGAUAUUCAAAAAGAUGUCAAGGAACUGGGCUUAAUUACACAAGCAUCUCUGUUGGAGUUUUACGACCAGUUCAUCAUGCCUAGUGCUCCUCAAAACAGUACAGUCUCUGUCCAUAUGUUAUCUCAAAAGACACCAUUGGCUGUAGAAGAACUCAAUGUUGAACUACUUUACCCUGUAUUGACCUACUUGGGAUUGAUAGACAAAACCAUGUCUGAAGGUGAUUUCAAGGCAUUAAUUGCUGACCAUGCAGCUCACACCGAGUCCGAGCUAAGAAGCUGUCUAGUGGAUGUGCUUGAAUUAUCAGAAACAAAUAUAGACCAAGUUGUUUAUAAAAUCAAACAAGGCCCAAGUGAACUCUCUAAGCGUGACCACACCAAGCUGCCCGAGAAUUAUAGAGCUAUUGUAGAUCCUGUUCAAUUCAAACGUAGUAUGCCUUUAUCUGCUGCUGCUGUAUCAUGUUAUCCUUUUACAACUCUAUCAUGUAUCUAA